AUGGGUGCAAGCGAUUCGAAACUUGUCUUCAAGCAGGGCAUCUUCAGGCUUUCUGAGGAGCGCCAUAUCCCAGCUGAUGAUGAAUACUGGACUUCGUUCUGGCAGUUGCCUGAAUCCUCCGAGGAUGUCUUCAGCCUUUUCUCCCCCGCCGAUAUCCGACGAACUCGCGACAAGGCACUCGAAAAUCUAGAGACAUUGAUCCUAGCAUCAAUAUCCAGACUAGUAUAUCUUAGGCAUCACCCCUCCUUCCCCGACCCAGAGCUUGCUCCGGAAAAGGAUGCUCUGAACUGCAUUCGCGUUCUCACUCGUAUCCUCCCAUAUUUGUACGAGAAGGAAUCCCUCGCCAGCUGGGAGGAAAGGUUUUUCUGGGGUAGACGAAGAAUGAAGACCCGCAAAGCUGUCAUAGCGAACGAGGUCCUAUUCGACGAGGCCCAACAGGAUAAAACGGAGCCAAGCGCCACCAAGACUGAAACAUUUGAGGAUGCGAACCCUUUGGCCGAGGAGCUCAUCGAUAUACUGAUCGAUCUUCUAUUCUUCUCUGGAUUUACUUUGCCUUUGGCACAAGGCGGAAAAUCCAAAGUUACAUAUGCAAUCUGGCAAAGUGGUGUAGGAUGCAACUCGACUGUCGCAACAACCAAAGAAUACGAAAGUAACCGAAGUGAAAUCUUGAGACUCCUUCUGACUUUAGCUGGUCAGAGCAUGUAUAUGACCUCAACCGUCCUACCUGGGAGAGGCGUCCGGGCCCUGACCUACAUGUGCUCUUGUUCUGAUAAGCAGAUCGUUUUGUCAGGCCUCUGUUCGCUCCUGAACACAACGCUCAAGUACAAUCCAGCAACAUGGCGAGUACCUUACAAUUCUCUCGUGUUCAAAGACACAAAACAAAUGCUCGUGACACAUUCGCUACACUUGCUCCUUGCUCUACUACUUUAUCCCAUCCCCGAAAAUGGGUCUUCAGCCCCCUCCAAGAACUACUACCGGCACUAUCUUGGCCGCGUGCAUCGGCCGCAGGAUUUCCAAUUUAUUGUGGAUGGGAUGACGAGAAUCCUCAACCAGCCACUACAGGAGAAAUCGUCCUAUCUACCAGGAGCCCAGAAUUCUGGUGACUUUGCGCCUGAGAUCAUCAUGCUUUUUUGGGAGAUUACGCAGUGCAACAAGAGGUUUCGCUCCUUCAUCAUUGAUACAGGUUGUGCUCACGAUCUUAUUAUUCUGGCAUUGUUCUAUGCUUUGGAAAACAAAAAUGACACAGCAAAGCAUGGCGUUGUCCGGAUGUGCGUCUUUCUCCUCCAGACACUCAGCGUUGAGACUGCAUUCGGUGCAAAUCUGAAUAAGGCCUUCGAGGGGCAGGCCAGUCUACCCGCGUCGAUCCGAAUCAAUGGAUUCCGAGGCACCUAUGCCGACUUUCUUAUUCAAUCCAUCUUCUCACUUAUUACCACUAGCCAGGGGAAAUUAUCAGCUAUCUAUCCGGCACUCCUAGCCAUCAUCAAUAACAUCGCGCCACAUAUCGAGAUGUUGAGUGCCUCCAGCAGCUCACGUCUUCUACAACUAUUUACAUCCAUGUCAUCGCCGAGCUUUCUUCUCGUCAACGAAACCAAUCAUACGCUGUUGCACUCACUUCUUGAAUCCAUCAAUGCUAUCAUUGAGAACAAGUAUCAAGCAAAUCCGGCGCUCAUAAUUGCCCUUUUGAAAAACAAGAAGCGCAUCGAAGCACUGCGGUCAUUCACACUAGAGACUGGGAAAGAAGAAAUGGAACGUCGUCAACGGCUGAAGAAAGAAUCAGGCGGCCAAACGGAUCCAUUUGAAUCUACCUCGUUGAGAAGUUCCACUGACAGUGUUCGGAGCCCAUCUAUCGCUCCAGCACGAACGCCGACACUAGAAAAUGUACCAGAAGACGGAGCGUUCGCUAUCGGCGAUGAUGAUGAAGAUGAUGAUGACGACGAUGACGAUGACGAGGAGGAGGAGAACAGCGAUGAUGAAGACUAUCAACCAACCCCUGUGCAGUCGACGACAAGUGAGAAUGCUUCUCAAGCCUCGUCGGUAGCCGCCACCGAGGACGCAGUACCGACUCAGGUCAGAGGGAUGUCAGAAAAGGCGCGUGGAAAGAUGCCAGCCGGCAUUAAGAUUUCACGUCAGAACAGCUCUACCAGUUUGGGAACAUAUUCGAUCAGUGGGCAGUCUCAAACCGGUGCUUUCGAGCCGUCGGCACAGUGGAUUGAGACCUGGUUACCGGAACUUCCACUUCACACCAUUCUGACGAUCAUCCAACAACUAUCGCCAGUCCUACCCCGCCAGGCCCUAUCGCAAGAAGUGGUCUCUCAGGAGACAUUCCGCCUAAUCAAAGAGACCGAAAUAGUGGGAGUAGACCCAUCGCCAAUUCGAGUGCACUCUUUCGAAUGGUCUCCACUCGCUCUUGGAUGGUAUGAAUCUCUUCUUUGGGGAGUGGUGUUUUCGAGUGAGAUGCAAAUUUCGAGGGGGAAUAUGGGCAUAUGGACCGGCACUGCGAUCAAACUCUUCCGCGUCCAAGAGACGACGCCCACAGGACCAACAUUCACCUCACCGAGAGGCGCAAUUGAUGCGGUCGGUAACAAUAUUGUUUCACGUAUGGGGCAGAUUAAUCUGCGCGGAGGACAACCAAAUGCGGGAGCAAGCAGCCCAACAACUACCAAUAAUAACACGCAAUGA